AUGCAGGUCCCACUGCCGGGUCUCAUCCGGUGCCCAGGGGCACUCCGUUUGGGAGAGAAGCUGCCAGGUCAGUCCACUCUCAGCGAGUCUGGGGACCCGGCUGACCACUCCUGCCUAAGCCCAAGCCCCCGGUGUCCGUCCCUUCCCUGGCGUCCAGGGCCCUCCUCGCACCACCACCCCCACCCCCGCCAAGUGACCCCGCCCAGUUGGCCCUGCCCAGGCCACCGCCACCGACCCACAGGCCCGGGUCCCCGCACCCCAGGCUGGAGGUGUCGGGGGUGCUCCCGACAGCAGGCGGCCAGCUGGUUCCCUUCGGGGCAGCCGCGCGCCCUCCCCCUCAGGGCUGUAACCCGAGCCGCCGCCGCGCUGCCCCGCCGCCUGAGCCCCGACAGCGAUUCCGCAGGCGCCAUGGGCCGCGGGGCCUGCGUCCCCUCAGCGGCGUCGGGGGCCCACGACCGGGCCCGCCUUCUCGGAGCCGUGCUGGGCGCGCUGUGCCUCCUCCCCACGCUCGUGCUGCUGGCCCGGCCGGGGGCCCUGGGGAACCGGCCCGUGGCGAGCGCAGCGCAGGGAGACGCUGUGCCCCCGACCGCGGGUGUGCUCACCACCCCAAGCCUUGGCCCGCCGCACCCCCCAGCGCCCCGCAGACGCCGCUACACGCUGACCCCGACCCGGCUGCACUGGGACCACUUCAACCUCACAUACAGGAUCCUCUCUUUCCCGAGGAACCUGCUCAGCCCCAGAGAGACCCGGCGGGGCCUGGCCGCCGCCUUCCGCAUGUGGAGUGACGUGUCCCCCUUCAGCUUCCGCGAGGUGGCCCCUGAGCAGCCCAGCGACCUCCGCAUAGGCUUCUACCCGGUCAACCACACGGACUGCCUGGUCUCCCCGACGCACCACUGCUUCGACGGCCCCACGGGCGAGCUGGCCCACGCUUUCUUCCCCCCGCACGGCGGCAUCCACUUUGACGACAGCGAGUACUGGGUCCUGGGCCCCACACGCUACAGCUGGAAAAAAGGCGUGUGGCUCACCGACCUGGUGCACGUGGCGGCCCACGAGAUCGGCCACGCGCUGGGCCUGAUGCACUCGCAGCACGGCCGGGCGCUCAUGCACCUCAACGCCACGCUGCGUGGCUGGAAGGCGCUGUCGCAGGACGAGCUGUGGGGGUUGCACCGGCUCUACGGUGAGUGCGGGACCGGGCCGGGCGGGGCCAGGGGCCGGGGCGGGCGGGCCCUGAGUCCAGGCUGCCCCCCUGCAGGCUGCCUGGACCGGCUGUUCGUGUGCGCGUCCUGGGCGCGGAGGGGUUUCUGCGACGCCCGCCAGAGGCUCAUGAAGAGGCUGUGUCCCAGCAGCUGCGACUUCUGCUACGAGUUCCCCUUCCCCACGGUGGCUGCCACCGCACCGCCCCCCAGGACCAAAACCCGGCUGGUGCCCGAGGGCAGGAAUGUGACCUUCCGCUGCGGCCAGAAGAUCCUCCACAAGAAAGGCAAAGUGUACUGGUACAAGGACCAGGAGCCCCUGGAGUUCUCCUACCCCGGCUACCUGGCGCUGGGCGACGCGCACCUGAGCAUCAUCGCCAACGCCAUCAACGAGGGCACCUACACGUGCGUGGUGCGCCGGCGGCAGCACGUGCUCAGCACCUACUCCUGGCGCGUCCGCCUGCGGAGCUGAAGGCCGCCCGCAGGGCUGAGGAUGCCGAUAAAGCAGUUUCUCGCUCA